CAGUGCUUGACGGAGUGCCAUUUCCAAAAAAAACUCAAGCGGUCUCCUACCAUAGAUCACCGACCCCGGCGCGUACUGCACCAACCUCGACGGUGACCGACUGGAAGCAACUUCGAAUCAUUCUUGAACGCGUCCAUGGAUCCGAGUAACACAUCAGGAGAAGAGAAACAUUGGCCACAAGCUGAUUUGGUCGUUGAAAAGUUCAAAAGUCUUGUCAAACAGUUGGGAGUUGAACCAAUCAACAAUGAAGAUCCUCACUCGAGCGUUAUUCAAGACAAUCUUACGAUCGAUGUAGUGGACGCGAAAAAAGAUCUCUUCAGAAAGCUACACUCAAAUCUUAUACCGCAACUAAGACGCCAAAUGACGGAUAUUUUGCCACCAUUGGAUCCGAUUCACCUCAUAGAAGAUCCAAGCGCACAACUCGAGAUCAUCUUGGGAAUCCAAUCCGAGCUUGAGCGGACUUUAAAUCAAAUUCAAUCCACAGUUGCUACGCUCUGUCCACGACAACUACCAUAUACAUGCCGAAACAAUGACCAACAUCGCAAAGAAAUCAAAUCUUUCCGAGUAGAAGGCUUGUAUAAUCGGAUCAUGGAAGACUUGCUGCCAGACGUCUUGUGGUUUUGUGACGGAUCUGGGGAUCUUAUUCGAAAAAUGAAACUCACUUCAAAGAAAUUCACCGGACACCCUGACGUGACUUCCAUAAGAAAAAUGAUCCUCGAUCAAGCAUCUUUAUUUUUUGAGGCUGUGGAUUUGACGAACGUAUGGUUAGAAGGAUCCGAGUUUGAUCUUGUACAAUACGAUUGGCCGAAGGAGAUACGCGGCAUUAAUGAGGAACUGGAAAGGCUCUUGAGUCUGAUCAACGGAACGGCACACUUGGAACAAAGAAAUAGAAUGUCUGGACCGCUCAGCGAUCCGGCUGUCCAGCUAUCCAAAUCGCUAUUACCUAUAUUCAAACUGUCCAGACUCUUCCUCAACAAAUUAUCGCAUCGAAGAUUGAACAGAAAACGCCUACCAUUGUUCACAGAAAUGCGUUCCGAUCAGCUGCAGAUUCUAGGUGACCUGGCUGCAAACGUCGGCUUGGAGUUUUACGAGGUUUUGGAGGUAUUGAAAGUGGUCGAUCGACCUGGCGACUUUUUCGCUCGUGUUAACUGCACUCGAAUAGCCACAAAACUCGAAGAUGAAUUUGAAUCAGCUUUGUUCCUUAUACCGAUUUAUUUCCUUCCUCUGUUCCCGGACACCGAGGGUUUUCCAAUCCAAAACCACUUCAAGGCUUGGUUUGUCACAUGGUACACUCAGUUCAGCUUGGCCAUUCAAAACUUUCUAGAAGCUGCCGAAUCAUUUGACGACGGUGCAUUAUAGUAUUUACGUUAUCCUCGUCUCUCUAGCGAUCUCGAUUUCUUGAUUACUUAAAAAUUCUAGAAUAACCAAAUCCUGUCAACUUUCGUUUUCCUCAUCAAUGUUCUGCUUUAAAUUUCGUAGAGAUAUCUGCAGUACCUUAUCCAUGGCAAUGCAUCGCCGCAAAGACAUUGACAAUUAUCUCAGUUUAAUGAGAAAGAAAU